UGGCUCUCCAUGUUUAUCCCCCCUCUAGGCUGUUCUCGCCAAAUGACUAUGACCUGAUAUUAAUUGUUUAAAUGAUCCGGCGGUGAGAAAUUGCUUAUGAGUAAAUGUGAUGAAUCACUGAGAUCAUGUCGAAAAGAAAUGCUGAACAAGAGGGAGGCAAUGCAAGCCAGCCUCCCCAAAAGAAGGUUCAAUUCGAACCUGUUCGAAUUGGACCCAUCUCAACCCUAGAGGAAAUGGAUAUUAAAGUUCUUCAAUUCCAAAACAAGAAACUAGCCCAGAGAUUAGAGCAAAGGAAUCGAGUCGAGACCGAAUUGAGGCUAAGGAUAGAACAAUUAGAAAAAAGACAAACACAAGAUGAUGCCGUCUUGAAUGUGGUUAACCGUUAUUGGAAUCAGCUCAAUGAGGACAUUCGAGUCUUGUUACAAAGGUUCGAUGCCGAGACUGCUGAUGAGUCCGAAAAUAAAAAUGAAGGAGAAGCCACAACAUCGUUUCUAUUACAGUUGUCCACGUGGGACAAGGAAGAACUGGAUGAUAAGCUGGCUAAUAGGGUGCAGGUCUCGAAGCGAGCCGUUGCUAAGGUUAUUCAAGCAUUUGAUCGCCUUAUGCAGCGUAACGAAAAGAUCACUCUCGCACUCAAGGGGGAGCUGGAUGGAGAUGAAGCUCCCGUAAUGGACGAAGUGAUAAGGCAAGCUAAUAUUGAAAUCCAAGCCGAAAACCGUAACCUCCAAGCUUUGAACACUUCUCUGCAUAAGAAAUAUCAUACAAUAUCGCUUAAGAUGGCAGAGCUGCAGGAUCAGGUUGCAGGUAGGGAGACAGAAGCUGCUGAAAUGAGAAACCAGAUUGACGAUUUGCAAUACGAGCUGUCGAAAGUGCAAGCUCGCAACGACAAGCUGGAACAUCAUCUCGCUGAAGCGAUCGAGAAGCUGAAAAACUAUCAGCAAUUACAAGGUGAAGAAAAAGGUCAAACCAAACCUUCACCAACAUCCAACGUCUCUCAGAGGAAGGUAGAAGAAUUGCAGAAAGAGCUUGAGGAGAUGCGUGAAUUAGCCAACAACAGGUUAACUGAGUUGGACAAGCUUCAUCAGCAGCACCGCGAGACUCUCAAAGAAGUCGAGAAGUUGAAGAUGGAUAUCCGACAACUCCCUGAGAGUGUAAUUGUGGAGACAACUGAGUAUAAAUGCCUGCAAUCCCAAUUCUCUGUCUUGUACAAUGAAUCAAUGCAGUUGAAAACCCAAUUAGACGAAGUUAGACACCAGUUGCAAACAUCAAAGAACGCUCAUCUCAGGCAAAUUGAGAUGAUGGAGAGUGAAGAGCUGAUGGGUCAGAAAAAACUUCGAACUGAAGUUAUUCAGUUGGAAGAUCUUCUUGCACAAGUCAGGAAAGAAUAUGAAAUGUUGAGGAUUGAGUUUGAGCAGAACCUUGCGGCAAACGAGCAAACUGGACCCAUCAACAGGGAAAUGCGACAUCUGAUAACUUCUUUGCAGAAUCAUAAUCAGCAGUUGAAGGGCGAGGUACAUCGUUAUAAGCGGAAGUACAAGGAUGCAAAUGCUGAGAUACCAAAGUUAAAGAAAGAAAUAGAAGAUUUACAAAAUAAGUUAGCGGCAACCAUGCCGGCUGGUGUCGAGAGCAAGGACGGAAUCUGUGAAGGAAAAGAAGAAGAUAAUACCCAUAAUGGAGAAGGUCCUAAAGUUAAGGAGGAGCCUUCUAUCAAAAGGGAGUUUAUCGAAGAAGAAAUAGAGGGAGAUGACGGUACUGGAGACAAGGAAAAGUGCGGAAGCUCUCCAAUAGUGAAGAAGGAGGGUGCGGCAAAUAUAAAGAAAGAAAUUAAGAAAGAGCAACAUCGAGACCAACACAGAGCUAAAGAUGUGAAACCAGCAGAGUCGGAGCUGGUCAGGGAUCUGAAGGCCCAGCUUAAAAAAGCAGUUAAUGACCAGAAGGAAAUGAAGUUGCUUCUUGAUAUGUACAAGGGAGUAGGCAAAGAACAACGAGACAAAGUACAGUUGAUGGCUGCUGAAAAAAAGUUGAGAGCAGAACUUGACGAUCUUCGCCAGCAGCUGAAGAAAGUCCAGGAGAGUAAAAGGGAAGAGAGGAAAAAGCUAGCGGACGAGGAUGCCCUCCGUAAAAUAAAACACUUGGAAGAACAGGCUUACCAACUGCAGAAGCAGGUUGCUACUCACAAGCAGGGAGUGUGUUGGCAGGAGGAAGAGGCCCUACUCAACGAAAUGGAAGUGACAGGGCAGGCAUUCGAGGAUAUGCAGGAGCAGAACUCUCGCCUUAUCCAGCAGUUGCGAGAAAAGGAUGAUGCCAACUUCAAGCUGAUGUCGGAGCGUAUCAAAUCUAAUCAGCUGCACAAGCUUUCCCGUGAAGAGAAGGAAGCCCUUAAAGAACAGGUGACGACCCUUUCUACACAGGUUGAAGCCACAAAUAUUGUAGUACGUAAACUUGAAGAAAAGGAACGAAUAUUACAGAACUCUUUAGCUACUGUAGAAAAAGAGCUUGCUGUGAGGCAGCAGGCUCUGGAGAUGCACAAACGGAAAGCAAUCGAGAGUGCACAAUCAGCUGCCGACCUUAAACUUCAUCUGGAGAAAUACCAUGCACAAAUGAAGGAAGCCCAACAAGUGGUCGGAGAAAAAACUAGUGCCUUGGAAGCUGAGGCUUACAAAACAAAAAGACUUCAGGAGGAGAUAGCGCAGCUGCGGCGAAAGACUGAGCGAAUGAAAAAGAUUGAAUUGGCUGGUACGUUGGAUGAAGUUAUGAUGGAAGAAAUUAGGGAGUACAAAGAAACAUUGACCUGUCCCUCGUGUAAAGUAAAGCGGAAGGAUGCUGUACUUUCUAAAUGCUUCCAUGUAUUUUGCUACGACUGCUUAAAGACCCGAUAUGAGACUCGACAGAGGAAGUGCCCGAAAUGUAAUGCAGCAUUUGGAGCUAACGACUACCACCGCCUAUACCUCGGUUCUUAGCCCUUUGGCUACUGUAUAAAUGUUUCGCUAGUAAUUAAUAUUAUUUAAUAGGCACGCCAUUUAUAGGGUUUUGAACAUGCAUUAAAUAUGUACAAUAUAUAUAUAAAUAUUUUAUCGAUUAUAUUCAUAAUAAAGUGGUACAUAGAUCAUCUGUCUUAAUUAUUGUGCAUACGUGGUGUAAGAGGACUAGCAAAAUUUGAAUAAAUGAAAUUAUAAUUAUUAACCUAACGCAUCAGUUUAAAUUAAAAUAAAUAUGAAAUGUAUCUACAGCUGCUAAAAAUGCUCUGUGAUUAAGAAGUUGAACCAUCAGUCUAAAAAAACAAAACAUUUAGAAAAACUCAUACAUUCCUUUUCUGUUUAUUUAUUACUUUAUUUUUAUUGCAGUUUUAAGAAUUAAAUUAUUUUUUUCUUAAUAUUUCUGAUUUUUCAGUUAGUAGUCCUGUCCUGCUGCCUUUUUUUUAUGUUAACUACGAUUUAUGAAUAUUUAUUUAUUUGAUAUUCAUUAUGAAUUGAUAUUCUUUUUAUGUAUGUUACUCAUUAUACAAUCAAGAAUUAUAAUAUUUAAUUGUUUGAGUCUUAGUGUAUAUUAUGGAUGUGGAUCAGUAAAUAUAACUUUUUUUUUCUCAUACUGAAUUGUGUUAAAAUUGAGGCCUAUAUGCGAAGAUAAAGUAUUAUGUCUUUGUAAAUUUUGUAAUUUAUUUAAUUGUUUAAUACUGAGUUUGCCUUAUAUUGACUUAUUGCAAUAUUUAUAAAUUAUAAUAGAAAUUUAUAUAUAAAUAU